AUGGCAACACAAAUGAAGGAUGUCUUCAAUAUAAGUAAAUGGCAUAAGUCCACAGGCACCUUCCAAAGCCCUCCACUAAAGGAUCCACUGAGACCCAACAGCUUCCCAGCAGUUACUAUACAUGAGAAACGAGACGUACUAGUCCGUAAUCUUCUCCAAAACUCGGCUGAGGCAGGAGACAUACCGUUGGACUCCCCAGCAGUCCCUACCACUAGUCUCUACUUCCCAGACAUAUCAAUGAUACAGGUGGAGGAGUCAGUACUUCAGGCAGGAAACACAGCCCCUGGCUUAGACGAAAUCCUAACCUGCAUACUGAAAGUGGCAUGGCCUCUAAUCAAGGAUAAGGUACUAAUAUUAUACCAAGGACCGAUCGCUCUCCUAUCAGUUCUUGGCAAAGGACUUGAGCGCUUGGUGGCACGGAAUAUGGCAUGGACCUCUAUACACCACAAAGUAUUAGCAAGGCAACAGUUUGGGGCUCUCCCACUAAGAUCUGCAAAUGAUCUAACCACAUGCCUAACACAUGAUGUUCAACAAGCACUAAAUCAAGGCAUGACUGCCUCACUCCUUACCCUAGAUGUCAAGGGCGCUUUUGAUGCCGUGCUUCCCGGCAGACUCAUCCGUAGAUUACGUGAGCAGGGCUGGCCCACCAAUCUUGUUCUCUGGAUUGCCUCCUUUGCUACUGGAUUUGGUUACGCAGACGACGCAGCUAACCUGGCAAUCUCAACAUCUCUUGCUACUAACUGCGAAGCAUUAUCAGACUCACUACAAGAAGCUCUAAACUGGGGCGCUGCAGAAGGCAUUACAUUUGCACCAGAUAAAUACGAGCUUCUUCACUUCUCCCGACAUAAAGCAGACCAGGACCCAACCUGCACACCUUCAGUAAAAGCUGGAUCUAUCAUAAUCUCAGAAAAUACUAAACGGCUAUAUCUACGUUGGCUAGGAAUCCUCUUUGACAAAAAGCUAACGUUUAAAUGGCACGUUGGUGAAACAGCAGCUAAAGCCCUCACUGUGGCUAAUGCCCUUCGCUCUCUAGGGAAUACUAUCCGUGGAGUCAAACCUUAUUUACUACAGCAGGCUAUAUUAGCCUGUGUACUCCAUAAAGCAUACUAUGGCGCAGAAACCUGGUGGCCAGGACGUACUCGCCCUGGGCCUUCCCAAAUUUCAAAUCGAGUUGGAGAACAUCUUGAGAAACUAACCAAAUCUGGAUUCUCUCCGCCAGAAAUUGAACUAGAUCAAAUAGCCCUCCAAACAUUGGUCCGCCUACGGCGUCUUGAUCCAUACCACCCACUCCGAAGACGCGCAGAACAGAUAGCCAGAGAUGGCCGACAAACCAGUCGAUUUGCCCGCCGAGUGCUGGCGCUCCCCAACUCUGAACAAAUAAACCCUCUACAACAUGCUCCCUGGUACCCUCGUGAGUCACGCAAGAGUGCCCUAGCCCAAAUAGGAGCUCCCAUGGGACGCACUAAGGAACAGGCAGCGGCUAACUUCACGGCUUUUCAAUGCACCAUCCCUAGCUCGGAUAUUGUAAUCUUUUCAGAUGGAUCUAGGCUGAUAGAUGGACGUGCAGGGGGUGGCUACAUUGGAUUUCAAGCACACCAUCAGUUCCUCCGCUCCUCACUCUCAUACGGACAUGGGAAAGAGGUCUUUGACACAGAAGCAGAAGCUGCCCUUGCUGGUGCUCAAGCAGCAAUAGCAUACCCAACAGCUCAAUUUGCUACCAACCUAUGGAUCUGUCUCGACAACCUAGAAGUUGCCACGCGCCUCCUAUCCCCCUCUACAGGAUCCUCUCAAGAGGUCUUUGAAUCCUUUCGCACCCUUGCAGCCGCCUGGCCACUACGCGAAAGGCUUCCACACACCAAAAGUGGAUCAAUCCAAAUCCGAUGGGUCCCUGGACACACUAAAAUCCCUAAGAAUGAAGCAGCUGAUCUCGCUGCCAAGGAAGGAGCUGUCUCUAUCCCCCCCUCUCCAUACAAGUCCUCAUAUGCCUCGCUAAAGAGAUACGCCAAGACUCAAUCUCUUUCCGCUGCUCAGACACGGUGGCAGACUGUAGCACCACAGACAUACCAAGAUCUAGAAAUAACUACAUCUCCUAAACGCCCUGGAGAGCUUCAACUUAACCGACUUGACCUUAGCCGUAUCAUAGCGGCCCGUACUGGUCAUGGAGACUUUGCGGAUUACCACGAGCGCUUUAAUCAUGAUGAUGCUUAUCUUCUCUGUCGAUGUAGAGCACGAAAAGCACCUCUACAUUUCUUCUUCUGCCAUAUAGCUAAGAGACGAGCCCCUCGUCCACCUGGACCCCCUUCUGAAGUUAUCUCUUUUCUUUUAGGCACUGCGAAAGGAACACGAAAACUAGCCUCAUGGCUAGCAGAGACCCGUUUCUUUGAGGAUAUCUGUCCUCGCCAACCUCUCCUUAGCACCUAG